AUGGCCCCGCGCAAGAAUGCCAAGGGCGGCGGCGGCAACAGCAGCAGCAGCAGCUCUGGUAGUCCGACCGGCUGCACCAGCGGCGGCAGCAGCAGCCCCGGGGCCCGGAGAGAGACAAAGCAGGGAGGACUCAAGAACGGGAGGAAAGGAGGACUUUCUGGAAGUUCAUUUUUUACAUGGUUUAUGGUCAUCGCGUUGCUCGGAGUUUGGACAUCAGUAGCUGUGGUCUGGUUUGAUCUUGUUGAUUAUGAAGAAGUGUUAGCCAAAGCAAAGGACUUCCGUUAUAACUUGUCAGAGGUACUUCAAGGAAAACUUGGAAUCUAUGAUGCUGAUGGUGAUGGAGAUUUUGAUGUGGACGAUGCCAAAGUUUUAUUAGGCCUUAAAGAAAAACCUGCUCCAAAGCCAACAGUGCCGCCAGAAGAGACAGACAUGUACCCUUGGCUGGAAGAUCAGGUUCUGGAGAGCACAGGACCUCAGAAUAUUGAAGAUGAAGUACACGAACAGGUUCAGUCACUUGAUGAAACAGUAUACUCAGAACAUGGAGAGAACCUGCACCAAGAACCGGAAGGCCCAGCAGAAGAACUGCAACCCGAAGACCAUGUCUUUGUAGGAAGUGAUGCAGAUAACAGACACGAACCCAUGGGAACUGGAGCCGUUCAUGAAGAAACUGAAGAUAGCUACCAUAUAGAAGAGACAGCUUCUCCAGCCUACAGUCAAGAUGUGGAAGACAUGAUAUAUGAGCAGGAAAAUCCAGAUUCCAGUGAACCAGUAGUAGUAGAUGAUGCUGAAAGAACGUACCAAGAAACAGAUGAUGUCACCUACCGAGACUAUGAUGAACAAGUGUAUGAGCCGUUGCAGAAUGAAGGGACAGAAAGUUCAGAUAAUGCUGUAGACAAUUCAAACACAAUUUUAGAAGAACUGCACAUGCCUCCUGCAGAGGAACAGCAAGAAGUACCACCAGAAACAAAUAAGAAAGCAGAUGAGCCAGAAAAAAAAGGAAAAGUGAAGAAAAAGAAGCCUAAACUAUUAAAUAAAUUUGAUAAGACUAUUAAAGCUGAGCUUGAUGCUGCAGAAAAACUCCGUAAAAGGGGAAAAAUUGAGGAAGCAGUGAAUGCAUUUGAAGAACUGGUUCGCAAGUACCCUCAGAGUCCAGUUUCUCGGUAUGGGAAAGCACAGUGUGAAGACGAUUUGGCUGAGAAGAGAAGGAGCAAUGAGAUCCUGCGCAGGGCCAUUGAGACCUACCAGGAGGCGGCCAGCCUGCCUGAUGCCCCCACAGACCUGGUGAAGCUGAGCCUGAAGCGGAGGUCAGACAGACAGCAGUUUCUAGGUCACAUGAGAGGAUCCUUGCUUACUCUUCAGAAAUUAGUUCAACUAUUUCCUGAUGAUACUUCCUUAAAGAAUGACCUUGGAGUUGGAUACCUCUUGAUAGGAGACAAUGACAGUGCCAAGAAGGUCUAUGAAGAGGUUCUGAGCGUGACACCUAAUGACGGUUUUGCUAAAGUGCAUUAUGGCUUUAUCCUGAAGGCACAGAACAAGAUUGCUGAGAGCAUCCCCUAUCUAAAGGAAGGAAUAGAAUCUGGGGAUCCUGGUACUGAUGAUGGGAGAUUUUAUUUUCACCUGGGGGAUGCCAUGCAGAGAGUUGGAAACAAAGAGGCAUAUAGGUGGUACGAGCUGGGGCACCAGCGGGGCCACUUUGCCUCCGUGUGGCAGCGCUCUCUGUACAAUGUUCAGGGGCUGAAGGCCCAGCCGUGGUGGACCCCCAGGGAGACAGGCUACACCGAGCUAGUGAAGUCCUUAGAAAGAAACUGGAAGUUAAUCCGAGAUGAAGGCCUUGCAGCGAUGGAUAAAACCCAGGGCCUCUUCCUGCCUGAAGAUGAGAACCUGAGGGAGAAGGGUGACUGGAGUCAAUUUACACUGUGGCAGCAAGGAAGAAAAAAUGAAAAUGCCUGUAAAGGAGCUCCUAAGACCUGUUCUUUACUAGAUAAGUUCCCUGAGACAACAGGAUGCCGAAGAGGACAGAUCAAAUAUUCCAUUAUGCACCCGGGAACCCACGUGUGGCCACACACAGGACCCACGAACUGUAGGCUCCGAAUGCACCUGGGCUUGGUGAUUCCCAAGGAAGGCUGCAAAAUCCGAUGUGCCAACGAGACCAGGACGUGGGAAGAAGGCAAGGUGCUCAUCUUCGAUGACUCCUUUGAACACGAGGUGUGGCAGGAUGCUACGUCUUUCCGGCUCAUCUUCAUUGUGGAUGUGUGGCACCCCGAGCUGACACCCCAUCAGAGACGCAGCCUUCCUGCCAUUUAG